AUGAGUAGCAAUAGUAAAUAGAACUCUUCAAAACCAGAAGAUGAAUACGAUAUAGCUGUUAUAGAAAGAAGGGUAAUAUGGAGCGGAGUAAAACCAUGCAAAUUUCUGAGGUGCUGCACUCCAUAAAUAAGAUUUGGAUGUGUGUAAAUAUUAUGCUUCCUCUUAAUUGAACUUAUUACAUUUAACAAAUUCAGAAAUUUAAGAUCCACACUCGUUAGUAGUUUAGCAAUCAGCAAAUUCCAGAUUUGAAAUAUCAAUAAUUAAUUCAAAAUAAUAAAUUUCCAGAAUUAAUUUUCAAAAAGCAUUACCGCCAAAUAAAGAAAAAAAUUACGAUUCAAUGAGUGAUAUUAUUCUAUCGUCGAGCAACAAAUGCUGGCUAGUAGUUAUUUAUAAUUAGAUGUAUUCUAUCCGUUUAUGGGAUGUUAAGACAGGAUAAUAAAAAGCCAAAUUAGAUGGUCAUUCAUAUGCAGUUAAUUCAAUUUGUUACUCUCCUGAUGGUACUACAUUAGCAUCUGGUAGUGCAGAUAGUUCCAUCCGUUUAUGGGAUGUUAAGACAGGAUAAUAAAAAGCCAAAUUAGAUGGUCAUUCAUCAAUGGUUAAUUCAAUUUGUUACUCUCCUGAUGGUACUACAUUAGCAUCUGGUAGUGCAGAUAGUUCCAUCCGUUUAUGGGAUGUUAAGACAGGAUAAUAAUAAGCCAAAUUAAAUGGUCAUUCAUCAACAGUUAAUUCAAUUUAUUACUCUUCUGAUGGUACUACAUUAGCAUCUGGUAGUGAUGAUAACCAUAUUCGUUUAUGGGAUGUUAAGACAGGAUAAUAAAUCUUAUCUUCAGAUAAUUGUUAUCAAGAUAUUGUAGCUUAAUUUUCAUCUCAAAACUUUAACAACAACUUAAUUUAAGAAAGUGGUAUUUAUUUUCUUUUUUAUAUAGUAAAUUCUCCUGUUAAUUACCUUGUCAUAUCAAAUUAGCUUGAAUUUCGAUCUUAAGGAGCGUUAAUUUUGAAAGGAGAAUUUAUUAAUCAGUCUGGCAUAGACUUGAGAACAUUAUUUAAACAAAGAGGAAGCUUCAUUUUAAUGAACCAAAUUGGAUUAUAAAUACGAUGAAAAUUGAUUAAUAUUUAUAAUCAUUUAAUACAUAUAUUUAUUUUAAUUUGUAAUAACUUCUUACCAGGGUCCAUUCGCCACGAAAUUCUCAAGUGUUCCUAAACUGGAAGGGGACCCCAGCUACUGCCAUACAAGGGAACUCUGAAAACUCUUCAAACAUGGCCAGAAGGGAUAUGAAGCCUAGGGAACUUGAGACAAUGAAUGAGAAGAAGGACGACCUCCUUAUUUUCUGUUCUGAUCCUAUUGCUGAUUCGGGGCUUUAACUUAGUAGCUUGUAGAGAUCUUUGUUAUAUAUUAUCUCUAGUGCUAUCUAUGCCUCCGGAACAAAUACUAAUUCCAGAACUAUCUACUAAAAUCAUCGAUUAAUAACAUAAAUCUCGAUGACGCACUAAGGAGUAUCACUUUACAAUUACAAAUUAAUAAAAAAUAUAUAGUGCAGUUCCUAAAGAACUCCACUGGGAUCUAGAGUUAGGCACCCUCUAAACCACCCAGCAUUAUUAACCCCAGGUGUCUUGAUAUAAACUACAAUCUGA